AUGAAUUUCAAGUACACUGCUCAACUAUCAAUGGGCCGUGACUCUCACCGGAGACUCGGCUGGCGUCAUUGGACCCCGGAAGCCACAACUCUCAGAGAACUGCUCAUCUCCUCACACCAAGAAAGCCUUCGAAUUGUACAUGAAGCCUCACUCCACUCGAGACGACGCCGAAGCGCUCCCUCGUCCUCCACGCAUGUGUUUACAUCGCUUCGGCAAAGCGAGCCUGAGACUCUGGAGAUUUCCCGAGCUGCAGAGGUCUUUCAAACAACGCUACAAGUCCUAACGAACACGGCGAGACAGAGAUAUAAAAGAGAUGUCACGGCAGCAGAGCUGCUUUCCUGGAAGGACGUGGAGCUGAUUGCAGAGCUGUCGAAAUGUCCUCCUGUAACACACCCAGCCAUCUGCCUGCAAAGUCAUCUCAGCAAAUACCGCUCCAUAUCUGGCCUCUGCAAUAACAGGCAAAAUCCUCUCUGGGGAGCAGCCAACACUCCCUUGGUCAGGUGGCUUCCAGCUGAAUACGAAGACGGAGAGAGAGAACCCAAGGGUUGGAACCGAGGACGGCUCCAUAAUGGAUUCCAACUUCCUCCGACCGGUGAUUCUACCACUAGUGCACAAAGCUGCAUGGCCUUUCAUCGCUCCGAAGCCGCCUGCUUUGUCAAUGUUGGCUCUGAUAUUCGACAAGCUCUGCAGCAACAGCAGAUGAAUGCCAUCACGUCAUUCAUUGACGCUUCGGUUGUGUAUGGCCACACUCCGAGGCUGGAGGGCUUCCUGCGUGACCUCUCUGGCCUCAAUGGGAAACUUGCUGUCAACGACCAAUUCAGGGAUCCCAAGGGAAGGCCCUACCUUCCAUUCGUGUCCACUCUGCCAUCAGCCUGCCUGCAGAACCUGCACGGGGAGAGGGUGGAGUGUUUCAGUGCCGGGGACAGUCGGAUCAAUGAGGGUCUGCCUCUGACCUGUUUGCAUACACUGUGGCUCAGGGAACACAAUCGGAUCGCAGAGAAACUGAAACACAUGAAUGCUCACUGGAGCCCGGAGACUAUUUACCAAGAAACUCGCAAGAUUAUUGGAGCUCUGCACCAGAUCAUAACCAUGAGAGAUUAUGUUCCAAAGAUCAUUGGCCAGGAGGCCUUUGAUUAUUACAUUGGACCCUAUCGGGGGUAUGAUCCAACUACAGACCCCUCUGCCUCCAAUGUGUUUGCCACCGCUGCAUUCCGCUUCGGCCACGCUACCAUCUCUCCCGUCCUCAGGAGAUUGAACGAGAGCUCCCAGAAGCACGAGCACUUUGCCGACUUGAGGCUGCAUAACACUUUCUUCAGUCCAUGGAGAAUAGUCAAAGAAGGUGGAAUUGAACCAACCCUGAGAGGUGCAUUUGGAACUGCAGCAUCAGCUGGUAGCGCAAACAUGCUGUUGACAGAGGAGUUAACAGACAGGCUGGUGGUGUUGAAUGUGCCACAAUCCAUGGACCUUGCCUCACUGAACCUGCAGAGAGGACGAGAUCACGCCCUCCCAGGAUACAAUGAUUGGAGAUCAUUCUGUGGACUGGAUCGCAUUAAGACAAUGGAUGGUUUCAAAGAGGCUGUGAGAGACUACGGGGUUGCAGAGAAGAUUGCACAAAUAUACAAACAUCUGGAAAAUAUCGAAGUAUGGCUCGGAGGGCUUGUUGAAUACAUGUUGCCAGGCUCAAGAACGGGUCCUCUCUUUGCUUGCCUGAUCGGAAAGCAGAUGAAAGCACUGCGUGAUGGCGAUAGGUUUUGGUGGGAGGCUGACGGGAUGUUCAGCCAGCUACAGAAAGAUGAGCUCCUAAAGGGUUCUCUGUCUCGGAUCAUCUGCGACAACAGUGACAUCAGGGAAGUCCCUCCUGACUCUUUCAGGUUUGGGAAAUACCCCGAUGAUUACAUCUCUUGUGAUCAUGUCCCAACGAUAAAUUUGGAAGCUUGGCAAGAGGAGAAGAGCCGAGAUUUAGAACAGUGCGGCACUCCUCGAAUGAUAAAGAAUGGGGAUUUUAUUUUGUCUUCUACAAAUGGAAAACUGGUCGCUCUGUACUCAUGUUACCAUGGUUUCAAGUUAAAGGGUGCCGCUGCAAUAGUUUGCGAGGGAUAUCAUUGGAGUGAUCAAUCCCCACAAUGUACAGGGAAUCCUCACUAA